AUGGAUUUUCUUAAGAGCUCCAGGGCUUUCCAUUUUUCUCAUCAGCAGCUUCUUUCAUCUCAACCCAAGGAUGCAACUGUUCAGGUUCAUAAAAUGACAUAUUCGACUCUAACGUCGUUGAUUGUUGUGUUGGAUCUUGGACAUAUGUUCACAACAACACACCAAAUUGAUUCAGAACAAUUUGAAAAGGUGCUGAAGUAUCUGGUAUUGAAAGUGGAGCUACCCUUGAAACUACAGGUGACAUAUUGUACACAGGGCUACUAUAUUAAACCCACAGUUUUCUCCAAUGUUAAGGACGAUAUGUUGAUUGCAAAGGAUGAGAUCUUUGGCCCAGUGCAGUCAAUCGUAAAAUAUAAGUACGUACAUGACAAUCUAAGAAGAGCUAAUGCCACCCAAUAUGGUCUAGCUGUUGGAGGCUUUACGAAGAACAUUGACACUGCAAACACAUUGGGGCGAGCACUGAGAGUUGAAACCAUAUGGAUUAACUGCUUCGAUAUUUGUGAUGUUGCAAUUCCUUUUGGUGGCUAUAAGAUGAGUGGGCAGCGUAGAGAAAAGGGUGAACACAGUCUGAAGCAUUACUUACAAGUAAAGGUUGUUGUCACCACAUUGAAGAAUUCAGCUUGGAUAUAAUAAGUCUCCACUGCAUUUAUAACUAAUCAAGACAAGAUCAUCUUGAUUAUCCGUUCUGUAUCAUGUUUUUGGUGAAGAUUAACUUUCGUUUGCUUUGAAAAUUCUGUC